AUGACCACCAAGACCAAUCCAGCCGGUGCUGCAGUCCAGGAGACUGCCACCGCAGCCACCAGCAGCACUCAACAGGCAGCGUACUACAUGCACAACGACAUGAAGUUCGCCCUUGCACCCAGCACCCCCCCUCCAGCCGCCGAUCUGCCCUUCACCUUCACGCAUGUUGCACACGACGGGACCAAGACCACAACUACCUUUGAUCCACUCUCGAAGCCUUCUGCUCCGAAGUGGGCUCAGAAGGGCGUAGCUCCUGCUCGUGCUGUCAAGGAGAAGGAUGAUGGAGAGCGUACUCUUUUACUGAGAAAGAGGGGCGGAGGUCGUGGGAGGGGCGGGAGAGGAGGUCGCGGUGCGAAGCCGUAG